AAAAAAAACAAAAAGAUUGAUCGACUUCUUAUCAUCAGAUUUUUCCAAAAGUUUAGGGAUAGGUGCAUUAAUUGAUAAAAACAAUGGCACAAAAUGAAGCGGGACAGUCUACAGAUGAAGAACCCUUGAAAGUUAUAUUCGAUCAAGCCAUGAAACUAUUUGAAAACACAGAAAACAGUAACGAAGCACUUAGCAGCGAUCCAGUACAGAUGACCAUAAAAUCGGCAAUAUCAAAGUUGGAGAAAGCAACUAACCUAGUCUCCUUUACUGGAAUGUUCAGUAAAAAUGAGAGUCUUGAUGAGUUGCCAACUGAGACAUUGCAGUAUUUGUUACUCCCUGCAUUACUCGGAACUCUCACCCUUAAGUUGGUGGGACCUCCUCGAAAAGAGUUAAUCAAUGUGGCUGAAAUUUAUUUCAAAGACUUUCUUCAGAGAUGUAAGGACUAUGGUAUAACAGAUGUGGAGGUACCACAGACUAGUGAAGAUAGUGAGCUGUCUUUGUCAAGGCCACAAAGCGAACAAGCCAAGAUUGCCAGUAUGGUAAUGUCAAGGGAAGCAAAAAUUAAAAGGUACAAAGAAAUGAAAGAACUAAAGGAAAAGUUAAGCACAUUAUCUAAAGCCAUGAGCUCAGCUUCCAUUGACGAUGAAACAAAGAGGUCUUACUUUACCACGAUGUUGUUGAGUUAUGUUAACCAGGCUCUUGAUGAGAUCAGUAGCAUUGAACAGGAGAAACCAUUAUUGGAGUAUAUGGAGAAACAUGCUGGUGAACCGAAGCCUAAGCAACGUCCACGAACUCCACUUCGCCCAGUGAUAAUCACUCGAGAUGCAGUACAGAAAGCAGUGUUUGGUGCCGGCUAUCCUGCCAUACCCUCCAUGACUAUUGAGGAGUUCUACGACCAGAGAGUCAGGGAUGGAACGUUCCCUGGCGCGACGAAUAUCGCUCAUACAACUAUACAAAGCACAGAAGCUGAUGCAGAUGAGUCUGAACAAAUACGAAAGGAACGUUUGGAGGAAGAAGACGAUCCCGAAGAGUUGGAGCGCAAACGCAACAUGGACGAGUACAAAGACGACCACCGCCGCGGCUGGGGCAACCGCCACAACCGAAGUUAAUUACACCAUACGCUUGUUUUAUGUACUUCCGGAUGUAAACAUUGAGGAAAAUAAAUUAGUUACGAACUC